CCAUCCCCAAAAGCAUCCACAGAAACAGAAAUCUCAACCCGAAGAAAGAAAAAACAACAACAACAACAAUGGCAGAUCUUAAGCUCCUAGGAACAUGGCCUAGUCCAUUCAGGUACAGGGUAAUCUGGGCACUGAAGCUGAAAGGCAUAGACUACGAGUACAUCGAGCAAGACCUGUCCAACAAAACUCCCCUGCUCCUCCAAUCCAACCCCAUCCACAAGAAAAUCCCAGUCCUAAUCCAUGGUGAAAGACCCAUUUCCGAAUCCAUGAUAAUCCUCCAGUACUUGGACGAGUCGUUCUCGAGGAACAUGCUUUUGGAUCGCUCAAGGAGAAGGCGUUUUUCGGUGGGGAUAAGGUCAACAUGGUGGAUCUUUGUUAUGGUGUCACGAGUUAUUGGUUGGAUGCGAUUGAGGAUUGUACCGGACUGAAAGUGAUCGAUCCCCUGAAGUUUCCUCUGUUUCAUGGCUGGGUUAAUAGGUUUAAUGAAGCGCCUGUGAUUACGGAUAAUCUUCCUGGUCGGGAAGAGUUGUUUGCUUACUUCAAACGUCUUAGGGAAAGGAUGCUUGCUGCUGCAUACAACUGAAGAAACGGUGGUUCUGAACUUCUAAUAUGGUGUGUUUUUGGGUUCAUGGAUCGUUCUAUAGAAUGCCUAGGACUGUCUUGUCCUAAAGAUGUUUUCUGGUUGUUCUGCUUUUUGAGGAUUUUAUCUUUCGCUAAAGAUAAAUGUUAAUUUAGUUC